AUGAAAGUGCGUGCUGGUUGGAUCCCCACUUUUCAAGUUAGAGUUUUGAUGUUGGCCUCUUGGCAAUUAGGGCCGCAAUUUCCAGCUUGGCUUCAAUACCAAGGACAAUUAGAAACAUUGGACAUAGCCAACACAGGAAUUUCUCAUUCCAUUACGCAAUGGUUUUGGCCCAAAAUUUCCAACCUUUUUCAAUUAAAUCUCUCUCGUAACCAAAUUCAUGGAGAGAUUCCAAGAAAAUUUGAGGUCGUUAGUGCUCCUGUGGUUGACCUGAGUUCCAAUAACUUUAAGGGUACGUUACCAUUCAUCUCCUCUGCCGUGGCAUUGUUAGAUCUGUCAAAUAACUCUUUUGAAGGAUCUAUUUACCACACCUUAUGUGGUCUGAUAAGGGAACCAAAUGGGCUAUCUAUUCUUAAUCUUGAAAACAAUAAUUUGUCUGGAGGGAUUCCUAAUUGUUUGAAGACUUGUCCAAAUAUGCGAGUCUUAAACAUGGAAAACAACAAUUUGAUGGGUACCAUUCCGCCCUCUAUUGGACAUUUAGCUUUCCUCGAAUCAUUGCACUUGCGACAUGACAAUCUCUCAGGAAAACUACCACAAUCUAUUCAACAUUGUACAGAAUUGGUACUCAUUGAUCUUGGUGGAAAUGAACUUAUUGGAGGCAUACCAACUUGGAUAGGGAAUUCAUUUUCGAAAUUGAUGCUUCUUAACCUUCGCUCAAAUAAGUUUCAAGGUGGCAUUCCAUAUGAACUAUGUGGUCUAAGUUCUCUUCAAAUCUUGGAUCUUGCACAUAAUAAUCUCUCAAAACUUGUGCCAAAAUGUUUCAACAACUUUACGGCCAUGGCAAAAAGACAAAAUUCAGGAGCGAUCAUGUCUUAUUCCCCACCAAGUUCCCCAGGAGGAGGAGGAGUUCAAGAAAAUGCAUUUUUGGUGACCAAAGGAAGAGAGGUUGAAUAUAGCACCACCCUUAAAUUGGUUGUAAGCAUGGAUCUUUCAGAAAACAAUUUAUCUGGAGAGAUCCCCUAG